ACGCGAUCGCGAGACCGCGUCUCGUUAAAUCGGUAUCGCUCGUUCGCGAUCGAGACCCCCUGGUGCCACAGCGUCCCUCGGCAGCUUGGCACCCAACCUACAACCUGCCUUGUCCUCGUCGUGACUCGCCGAUGACGCAACGCAUAAAUACACGCCACGGGGAAUCGAACCGGUGACUUCUAGUUCUACCUCUGCUGCUGCCGCUGCUGCUGCUACUUCUUCAUCUUCUUCUUUUCUUCUUCUUCUCCGAGAAGAGCAGUCUUCGAAGAGCGGUAGUCCCGGAGGCAGCUCCCUUGAUCGGUACGGCUCCCGAGAUCGUUAUCGUGAGAAGUGGAUGAAUCUCGGGCUGCCAGAUCUUGUGGCAAUUGAGUCGAGAAGAAGGAGGUAGUACAGCAGGGAGAAGGAGGAAGGAGAAACACACCAGGCAGACCUCGGAGAAGCCGUCGGGUCCUGCCGCCAGACUCGUUUUAUCCUUCGAUCGACUUGGAGGACUCCUCGCGAGGACCAAAUCGCUACUAAAUAUUUCCGGUACGCCUUCGGGACUCCUGGCUCACAAGAUGUGGCGGCUAUUGAUAGUGAUCGGUAUGAUUGCGAUCGCGAGGGCUGGGCCGUACGAUAGGACGGCGGACUCACAAUCAGUGAACGACAGGACGCUGUUCAUCAGGAGUUUGCCGGGUUAUCCUGGAACCAGAAGCGAUCUCUAUGAGGUCUACAUGGAACCGUAUUAUUUUGCAGUCGGUCUGAAGGCCGUGGUGGAGAUGAAAGCUCUCGGUGAGGAUGGUUCGCCGGUUGACGGGCCUCGAGGGAUGCUGACGUUGGAGCAGCAUCCCGAAGGGGUCAGGGUCACGGGCACAAUCACGGGGUUAAAUCCGGGCUUACACGGAUUCCACGUGCACGAAAAAGGGGAUUUGAGGAAAGGUUGCAAUUCGGCUGGCCCGCAUUUCAAUCCGUACAUGGUGAAUCACGGUGCACCGAGUGAUCCGUUACGUCACGUCGGCGAUCUCGGCAAUAUUGAGGUCGGGCAGGACGGAGUGGUGCAGAUCGACGGCAUGGAUCACUAUUUGAGCCUGGUAGGUGUUCGGGGUGCGAUAGGUAGGGCUUUGGUGAUCCACGCGAAACCCGACGACCUCGGCCGCGGUGGAACCGAGGAGAGUCUGAAGACCGGAUCGGCGGGCGAACGUGUCGCCUGCGGCGUUAUCGGGUUCUUGUAAAAGGAUUUUGGUGAAGGGCGAAUUCGGCUAUUGCAUGCACUAAAUACGCACUGAAAGCUUAAUUUGUAUAAAGAGAUAUACUGCGUAGUACGCAGUAUCCUUUGUGCCUUUGUAUAUAUAUUCCGAAUCUCGGCAGUCUUUGUUAAAAUGCGUAGUUUAAAAAGGAUUUAUACAAAGGUUUCAAUUAUUGUAGAUAUUUAUUACGUAACGUUCAUUUAUUUGUUAUUCAUGAAAAUAGCAUAAAAAUUUGUUUUUAAACUGAAUAUACGUAAAAUAAAACUUACUCAUGAACGUUUAUUCAAAUAAUACAAUUAUUAUUUAGUUAAAAAGUAAUCAUUUGUAAUAUCUCUCCUUUAUUGCUAAAUUUGUGUACAACAGCCUGCAGAUUGUACGCACUAGUGCAUCCACCCAAAUUCGCUAAAAGAGAUGUUGCGUAUCGCAACUUUGUUCAUUACUAAUUUAAUUGCGUCCAUUUGUACCGAUCAAUAAAUCACGAAUAUAAUCGAGCACCUAUCAAAUUUUA